AUGAAAGGUGAAUCUCGUAUAACCACAACACCUGUUACAGCGAAAAAUAUUCGUCAUCGAUCAAUAUCACCAGCUAGUGCAGCUCCAACUCGGAAUAAGAAGAGCACUGUUUCAACGAAAACAACAACUGCGAAUCGAAAAACAGUUAAAAGUGAUGAUGCUCAACCGUCACGUUCAAAAUCAUCGGUGACUCGUUCGACGCGUCUGCCAAAUCUAACACGUCGAACGAUUCGUCGACAAACCACUUAUUUAUCUGUACCAUCUCUUGUGAAUGGUAAUCCAAAAGGUGGUCAAGUCUUAGCUGUUGGUGAAAACGGCAUGACACAAUUAGGUCUUAAAAGUUCCAUUGAUCAACGAAAAAAUCCUCAACCUGUACUUAUUCCUGAACCGAUUGUACAAAUCGCUGCCGGUCCUUUACAUUCUGUUUGUCUCACAAAUCAAAAUAACAUUUACACAUUCGGUUGUAACGAUGAACAUGCUUUGGGUCGACCAGAUAAUAAUGAUGAUGAUGACGAUGAAGAUAGUGAUCCAUUCGGAGAAGUUGAUUUAAAUAAAAUCAUGAAUUCUGAAGAGGAACAUAUUGUGCAAAUCGUUGCCGGUGAUAGUCAUACAAUUGUCUUGUCAAAUCUUGGUAAAGUUUAUGAGAAGAUCGUCAAAUUAGCUAGCGGAAAUGAUUUUGUUCUGUUUCUCAGUGAAACAGGUCAAGUUUAUUCAUGUGGUAACGGAGAAACGGGUCAGUUGGGACGACUUAGUCGUUAUGCAUCAGAAGAUGGUCGUCGAGGAGGCAUUGAUCGAUUGAUAACACCAGCACCUAUUCUUUACAAUCGAUCGUCGAUUAAGGAGAAGAAUUUAACAUUCGAAGACAUUUUCACUGGUGCUCAUCAUUAUUUUUUGAAAGUACGCGAUCAACCUUAUAUACUUGCUGGUGGUUUAAAUAAUUUUCAUCAAAUUGGCUUAACAUCGGCCGAUUCUGUCUUCUUUCCAGUGCAUAUCCCUUCGCUCGAUGGUUACGAAUGGAAAAAGUUUACUGGUGGCCUACAUCAUACUCUUGGACUUACAACUGAUGGUAAAGUAUAUGCAAUGGGUCGUUGUCAUGAAGGUCAACUAGGUGUUGAUGACUUGACUACUCAUGUUGAUAAACCAAUGCUUAUUCGAAAUAUUCCCAAAGCUGUCGAUGUAGCCUGCGGAAAUCAUGUUUCAUUUAUAAUCGAUGAAAAUGGCAAAGUUCAUUCAUUCGGUGCUGGUACAUCUCUUCAACAUGGACAUGGCGAAGAAGAUAUCAAACUUCCACGUUUGAUGUCAUCGAAAUUUAUGGAUAUUAAAAGAAUAAUCAAUGUUGCUGUUGGUGCUCAGCAUACAAUUUUUCUGACUAAAGAGUAA